AUGUCAGAUCAAGUUAAGAUCAACCCCGACCUACUGAUACUACUAGUGGGUGCAGUAAUCAAUAAAAGUCUAUCAGAAUAUAAAGGAGACUAUCCCGAUAAAAAGGCAUCGAUACCAGUCAAUUUAUUCUUAAAGGAUCUAAACGAUAAAACAGACGAAUACACAUCAAAAUUUCCAAAUAAUGAUAUACAUUUCCCUCAAAUUGAUAUAAAACUACUAUCUUUUAUCAUAAAUAGAACGUUGUAUUUCAAAUUUGUACAAGUUACUCAAGAUUCCGUAGUAAUCGAAAUUGGAGAUAAAUAUGAAACUUAUUUGAAAAAUAUAGUUGCAACAUCUACUUUCAGAUAUUCAAAAUUCUUAUGGAACAGUGCUAAACUGUUACUAGUUGAAAAAGACCAAACUGAAGAUGUUGUAACGAAAGAAAUCGAGCUUAAAUCGUCGGAAAAUGAAGAGUCAACAAAUACCAAUGAUGCAGAUCAGGAGAAAGAGAAGUCUAUAGAACAAGUGACUGAACCAAUAGUAGAAGAAGCUGAAGAAAUUGAGGUGUUGGAGGGAGAAAAGAACGAAGAAACGAAUGCAAAGGAAACAGAAAACGUGGGAGAAACAAUAACAAAUGGCCCAGAAGAAGCACAGGAAGCAGAUAAAGUGCAAGAAGAACAAGAAGCUGAAGAAGCAGAAGGAGUGGAAGAAGCAGAGCAAGCGGAGGAAGCAGAGGAAGUGAAAGAAGCACAAGAAGUAGAAGCAGUAGAAGAAGAAGUGAAAGAAAACAUAGAGGAAGAAGAGAAGGGAGAGUCCGAAAAAGUUGAUGAAACGAAAGAGGAAGAAGUGGAACCAAUAGAUAAGGAAGUUGUGACAAAAGAAAUUGAUAAAGAUGUUGAAAUGAAGGAAGCUGAUGAAGCUGUUGAGGAGAAGGAAGCUGAUAUAGAGGCCGAGAAUGAGCAAGUGGAUGAAGAGUUAGAGAGCCCAGAAGUGGAGGAAAUAACAACUAAAACGGCAGAAAUACUUGAAGAUGAUGAAUUAAAAGAAAUUGAUCUGGAAUCAGUAAAUGAUGUUGAACCAAAAUCUUCCACCAAAGAUACAGAAGAGGGUGAAACUAUUGAACCGGAAGCAGAUGAAACGGAAUCAGAAGAUUUAGAACAAAUAAAGGAAGUAGCUAAGACAAAAGAACAGGAAGAUAGUAUAAAAACAACAACUGAUUACGAACAAGAAGAAAAACAAGAGCCAUUGGAGGUCAAAGAACCAAUCACAGAAACACCAAAACUAAAUGAAAAGGAGGAUGUCCCUGAAUCAUUAAAAGAAACCCAUACACCAGAACCAACUAAGGAAUCAAGAAAAAGACAGCGAUCGAGAUCACCAGCUCCAGCACAACAUCAUAAAAGAUUUCAAAAUAUUGCAGUUAAUUUAUUAAACUCUAUCAUGGAACAUAGAUUUUCAUCACCAUUUUUACAAGCAGUAAAUGCAAAAGAUGCACCAAAUUAUUAUGACAUUAUAUAUCAACCAAAAGAUUUAAAAUCAAUAGCAAAAGCUUUAAAAUCUAAAGUAGAUCCACCAAAAUAUCUGUCCAUAAAGGAAUUAGAAAGAGAUAUAAUGUUAAUGUUUGCUAAUUGUAUAAUGUAUAAUAAACCAGAUGAAGAUUUGGUUGAAUUAACAAGAACAAUGAAAAAAGAUGUUGGAGAAAUAUUCAAAAUGUUUAAAGAAGCUGAGAAGGAUAUACAUUAG